AUGGCAAAACAAACUAUGAAGAAGGACCAACAAAUGAUGUUAGCUUUAGGACUCAAUAUUAAAGAAAUAAUAGAAAUUACAAGACCAGAAUGUGAACACAUGAUGACUGAUGUCACAAAAAGAAAAAUUGAUAAAAUACAAGAAAUUAGUGACAAAACAUUAUUAGAUGCUCAAAGAUGGGAUGAAUUGAAUUUUUUGGAAAAACUUUUGGUAAAAUUAAAAAUAAGAUUCAGGAUCACUUAUAUCAUGAUAUUGGGAAUCUCUUUGAAAAGAUCUUUUAAGAAAGACAAGCUUAAAAAACAAUUAGAAGAAAAUAUGAUAAAAAUGCAAGAAUUUCUAAACGACUCUAAAGAAAAUAUACAAGGGGAACUAGAAAAAGAAAGAGAAUUAACCAUAGAAGAAUG